UCGUCCAUUUAUUUAAAACGGUUGGAGCAUGUUAGUGGAUAUCCAUUGCCAUCCCUUUACUAAUAACAGAGUAUUUUUUUUUUGAAGAACUAAUAACAGAGUAUUGAUUGAUCAUUGAUAUUCCGUAUACGAACUUACGAAGUACGGAGUACUGAAUUUACACCCGUGUCAAAUCGUGAACCAAAGGCGCGGAAGAAAUAAAACUUGAAGCUUGCUUAACCGUUGGCAACAACAUUUUAUUUGUUUUGACAUUGGUAAUCACUCAUCUGUCAUCACUGCAUUCAUCAAUUCUCCUUCACUCAUCUUUCCUUCCCUCAACUCUCACCAUGAAUCUCCAACUCUCUUCACUUCGAUUUUUUAGACUCAACUCCAUUAACCCUACUUCGUCCUCCAAUUUCCGCCAUUAUCAUUCCUCUAAGCUCUUCACUAUCAAGUCAAGCUUGCCAUUUUCGCCUCAGAAAGCUAAGUAUUACAAAGAGCUUGAAGCUGCUGUUAAUGUGGUUAAUAGAGCUUGUCGCAUUUGUGUUGACGUGCAAAAAUCAUUAUUCUCUGAUAAUAAGGGGGUUUUGGAGAAGAAUGACAAUACUCCAGUUACCAUUGCAGAUUUCAGUGUUCAAGCUUUAAUUAGUUUAGAGCUGAAAAAUCAGUUUCCGUCGAUUCCCUUGGUGGCUGAAGAGGAUUCUGCUUUUUUGCGUUCUAAUAAUCUUGCUGAUGCUGUGGUUAAUGUUGUCAAAGAUAACACAAGCAUCGCACAUGAACAAUUAAAAGAUGAGGAAGUGUUGGAAGCAAUUGACAGAGGAGGAAGUGAUGCUUUUGCUUUUGAGCCCAAGCCGGCUACGUACUGGGUGCUGGAUCCAAUAGAUGGGACACGAGGGUUUCUCAAAGGUGGUGGUGCAUUGUAUGUGGUUGGACUGGCACUUGUAGUUGAAGGGGAGAUGGUAUUGGGGGUUAUGGGUUGCCCAAAUUGGAAAGUGAACUCAGUAAACAAUUCUCCUAUGGAUGUCCAAGAACGCCAAAAGAAUGAAUCUGCAAUUGGAAUCAUUAUGGCAGCUCAUGUGGGUUGUGGAACAUGGACGGUUAGAUUGACUGACUUGCUGGGUGGUCUAAUGAAUAUGGAUGGCUUUUGGGAAAGAUGUUUUGUUGAUGGAUCUUCUUUAGUUCACGAAGGACGUUUCUGUAUUCCUGAGAGUCAAACGUGGGAUUCGAUUCCCUUUUCAAAUUCUCUUAGUGCAACAACUAGCCGUACUAAUGAAGGGAAUAAACAAAUACUGCUUCUUCCAACAUGUUGUGGAAGUUUAUGCAAGUACUUGAUGGUUGCCUCAGGUAGAGCAUCUGUUUUCAUUGUUCAAGCUAGGGCUCAAAGAAUUAUGAAGGCUUGGGACCAUGCUGUUGGCAUGAUUUGUGUGCAUGAAGCUGGUGGAAAGGUCACUGAUUGGAAGGGGAGCAAAAUUGAUCUAGCUGCUGAUGUAAUGGCACGUAGAAUUAUAUCUCCUUCAGGUGGUGUGCUGGUGACAAAUGGAACCUUGCAUGGUCAAAUUUUGGAUUUAAUAUCUCUGAAGUCAUCAGUUGUAUCUUAAAGAUCUAUUACAUGUCUGCAUGCAGGCCAUUUCUUCAACUUACGCAAACUGAAAGCCUAUUGGAGUAACCAUGGACUAGAAACCCUAAGAUGCAGACACUACUACCAAAUCAGUUCAGGAUACUUCAUUCUGGAUAAAAGGAAGUUAAGCCUUGAAUGGGACUUGGGAUUCAAUUGGCAUUUAUACUUUGUUUGGUACAAGGUUAUAUAAGGGAAUGGUAAUGAGUUUGUGUGCUAAAUCGAAUGUUCCGUGUGAAUAUCUAUGGUCAUGCCUCUCUGCUAUUAUUUUAUUUUGUCAUUGGUUUUCAUUGUUUCAUUCCACUCAUACCCAUGUUAACAGUUGGUAAAAAGUGGUAAAUAAAAAAUAGUGAAGAUAUAUUACCCUGGACAUUCUAAUGGAGCAAUUCGUGGAAGAUUUUGAACUCAUUAUCAUUCCUGUAAUAAAUAACCUUGUACUAAACAAACUGCGAGCAAAAGAAAUGAAGAUUACCGUGUCAAGAUCACCAGCCAGCCAAGCACAUUGUCUCGUAUUACUCAUUGUCCAUUGAAACCUUCGUCCUGAAUUUGAUGCAUACGGUACAGACAAUCAUCUCCAAUGUCAAAAUUUUUGCAAAUCAAAUACAAAGCUGUUGAAGAUAUACAGAUUUAAAUUUUAAAGCAUUUCAAAGAUGAGUUACAGAUGUAGCUAACAAUUAUUUAGCACUCUAGUUCUUUUGAAGGAUACUAUAUUUAUAUAUGAUUGUAAUAUAUACAAGUAUAAACUGGACAUGCAAAUGUUGUAUGAAAUUUGUUCCUGAUUUUAUGUUUGGAAUGACUUUGCUAUUUCCCAAGAUUUGCUUCAGGAAUUUCUUAUGGCCAUUUUUUUCAGCUACUUUGGUUAUUAUAAGCAGUCUUGCACCAUGAGACGACAGGUUAGCUUCUG